AUGUCGGUCCUCAAGAACUUCAACAGGUCGUUGACUGGUGCAGUUCUGCUGAUCAGUCUGUCGACCUUCAACUAUGGCUUCGACAACCAAGGCUUCGCCACCGCCCAGGCCAUGGAUUCUUUCACUCGGCAGUUUGGCGACAAGAACCACAAGACGGGCAAAUACGAGCUCAACAACGUGUGGCUAUCACUUUUCAGCAGUCUGAUCUACAUCGGGUUCAGUGCUGGUAUCAUUCUGGGGAGCUCUCUGAACGCUUGGGUCGGCCGUCGCAGAACCAUGUUUAUUUUGAGCACCUACGAGAUCAUUACGGCCACGAUCAUCGUGACAUCUCAGACACGGGAACAAAUCCUCGCAGGGAGGGUGCUUAACUGCAAGUCUACGUUCAAUGAUGUCUACAUCGGCAUGGAAUUGGCAGUGGUGCCAGUGUUCCAGUCCGAGAUCGUCCCAACUCCGGUGCGAGGUCUUGCUGUUAGCACCUACCAAUUCAGUUUGAUUUUCGGUGGGCUUGUUAUGAAUUGCAUUUGUCUGGGGACAAGUUCAAUCAGCGACAACAGAGCGUGGAGGAUCCCGUUGGGCCUGUUCUAUAUCAUCCCCUCCAUCAUCAUGGCGAGCAUAUUUACCAUUCCAGAGUCACCGCGUUGGCUCCUGAUCAAAGGACGCGAGGAAGAGGCUCUCCAAAGCCUGACCAGGCUUCGAAAAGGCGCGUUCUCCCAACAGGAGAUUGAGAGAGAGUUCGAGGCCAUUCGGCUCGGAUUAAUAGCAGAGCCAGAGCAGGGAUCAUUCACAGAACUCUUCCAGGGGGUUAACCGCAAGAGAACCUUCAUUGCAGCUGGCGUCCACUUCCUACAGAACCUGUGCGGACAGGACAUCGUGUCCAAAUUUGGCAGCUUGAUUGUCAAGAGCCUGCACACCAUCAGCCCUUUUGUCAUGACGGUUGUCUUUGCCAUCACCAACCUUGUGUUCGUCUUCACGGGAAUGCUGACCAACGAUAAAAUAGGUCGACGACCUCUCCUCAUGCUCAGUGCUGCACAACAGAUGACAGCUCUGCUCAUUCUAGGUGGCAUUGGUCAUACCGGAUGGCCACUUGCCAAACGCUACCAGCCCGUUAGCAUUGUUAUGCUAGUAUUGCAGACCGCCGGAUUUUCGAUCGGAUUUGCGCCUCUGACUAAUGUGGUCACGACGGAAAUUGUUGCUUUGCGUCUUCGAGACCGCACGCAACUGCUUGCCUGCACCAUGAACGUGAUUGCAAACUUUGCGGUCGGCUUCUCCCUUCCGUAUCUUCUGAACGCGCCUUACGCAAACCUCCAUCUCCAGAUCGGCUGGGUAUUUGCCCCGAUAUGCUUCAUCGCCCUUGUCUUUGUCUAUUUCAUGGUUCCCGAAUGCAAAGGUAAAUCGAUGGAGCAGAUUGAUCGCAUGUUCCACGAAGGCAUCUCCAUAAGGCAAUUUGGAAAGUACAAUAUCGCAGAUGUUACCGAGGAAAGUUAUGUAACCGAGCUGGCCGCCAAGAGCGGAGACGUUACCCAUGUCGAAGAGCGGGAGAGGUGA